CCGGCCCGCGCCGGGCCCCCGCCGCCGCCGCAGCGCCGCCUGCCUCCGCCAUGGCCCGGCACCGGCACCGGGAAUAGGACCGGGAGCGGGAGCGACACCCGGCUGGGAUGGAUGGAGCCGCCGCAGAGGGAAGGGGCCGGGGUUUGGGUACCAGCGGGGCGCGGCUCGUUGGCACCGGGGGGUGGGGACGGUUGGGAUCGGUGCCCCCCAGGGGUGGCUGGAGCGGGGGCACCGCGAGCCUCUCCGCCCGGCCCCGCCGCCGAGGUGACCGCGAGGGGCCGCGCCCGCCGUGCGCACGGGCGGAGCCGCGGCACCGGCACCGCACCGGGCGCGGUCACGGUCACAGUGAUGCGCACAGCGGGACUGGCACGGGGUACAUCACCGGGGACACACACAGCCGCACCGCUCCCGUGCCUCACGGCACGGCCGCCCACGCGAUGUCACGCACGGUGUCACGCACAGCCACAGCCGCCCACGGCAGUGGUGGCUCGGCAGCGCCGUGCGGGGGGAGUAAGCGGCGCGUCCCGGCGCUGCCACCCCCGGGUUCCAGCGGGCGGGUGGCGGUACCGGCGGGCACAGUGCUGCACGCCUGCGUAUGUGUGUGUCAUGCGUGUCCGGCAGCGGUUCCACGCGUGUCACUGCUCCUCGGGCAGUGAUCCCCCGCUAGGUUCCCAGUCCCCAUGUCCCCAAGUCCCCAAGCCGCCCUAUCCCCGCCACUGCCGCGCCCCACUUCCACGAGUGACAGCGCUCGGCGCUCCGCCACGGGGGCGGUGCCCUCUUACCCCCGCCCACUCCCAGCCCACUCCCAGCCCACAGCAACGCCCGUCGGGCGCGUGGUGAUGGCGUCACGACGACCACGGGCUGCGAUUGGUUGCGGGCGCGGGCCGGGCGCAGGCGCAGAGCGGGGCCGGUGUGCGGCGGAGCGGUCAUGGA